AUGGCUACUAUAAAACCUAUUGAAGGCCGGACGAUCCAUCAGAUCCAGUCUGGCCAAGUAAUUGUCGAUUUAUGUUCGGUGGUGAAAGAACUGGUGGAGAAUAGUCUGGAUGCUGGAGCAACGAGUAUUGAUGUGCGAUUUAAAAAUCAAGGACUCGAAGCAAUCGAGGUACAAGACAAUGGUGGUGGCAUUUCUCCGCACAAUUAUGAUACCCUAGCACUCAAACAUUAUACCUCGAAAUUGACCACAUACAACGACCUUACGACCCUUCAAACAUUUGGAUUCCGCGGCGAAGCCUUAUCUUCACUAUGUGCGCUCUCAAAUUUUUCUGUCAUUACAUGCAUGCCAGAAAGUGCCCCGAAAGGUACGAAGCUCGAAUUCGAGAUCUCAGGGAAGUUAAAAGGCACAUCUGUUGUGGCGGCGCAAAAAGGAACUACGGUGAUAGUAGAGAACCUAUUCAACAAUCUGCCAGUGAGAAGACGAGAGCUUGAGAAGAAUAUAAAACGAGAAUGGAGUAAGGUUACAGGUGUUCUGGGACAAUAUGCUUGUAUACAAACGGGUAUCAAAUUUACUGUCUCGCAACAGGCAGCCAAGGGCAAAAAGACAACAAUUUUUUCUACAAAAGGAAAUCCUACCACUAGAGAGAACAUUGUUAACGUUUUUGGUGCGAAGACUCUUACCCAAUUGAUACCAAUGGAUUUACGUCUGGAGUUAGAGCCUACGAGUGGCCCCAGUCAGAAACGGAGUACACAAAUUGAUGAUGACUCCAAAGACAUCCGAAUUAUUGGUCAUAUUUCGCGUCCAGCUACGGGAGAAGGACGUCAAACUCCUGACAGGCAAAUGUUUUUCGUAAAUUCAAGACCGUGUGGACUUCCUCAAGUGGCAAAGGCUUUUAACGAGGUCUAUAAAUCAUAUAAUGGAUGGGGAAGCACUCAGUCACCAUUCAUAUUUGCUAAUAUCGAGUUAGACACUCAUUUGUAUGAUGUCAAUGUUAGCCCUGACAAACGUACUAUUUUACUACAUGAUCAGAGUCGUAUGUUGGAGAACCUCAAGACGGCUCUUGCUGGACUUUUUGAAGGCCAGGACCAUACAAUAACAGUGUCUCAGUUGUCAGCACAGAAGCAACCACAAUAUAAACAGUUGACUAUUAAUCGAGAGGCUGCUAGUGCAUCGAAAAAUUUGCAAAAGCGUCCGCAAGCAUCCCCGCAAUCUGCCGAGGAGGGUGACGCGGAAGAAGAGGAGGAGGAAGAGGGAGAGGGAGAGCAAGCUUCGGGCGCAAUCUCGGACUCUAGACGAUCUAGUAACGCUCAAAGCACAGCUAGUCAGGAUUCUCAAGUGCAGUCUAAUUCAAAAGCAAAACGUUCUUCUAUAUCACGAAACUCAUUGUCGCGAGAUGGCGCAGCUAUAAGUUUGAUUUCGAAUUGGGUCGGUCGUCCGUCGAAGGAAAAGCAAAGAUUGAUAUCCAAGUUUGGCAGGGAAGCUGCUCGGGUUGAGGAGGCUGAAGAUGAUCUUGUGAGCCCUGAAAGCUCGAUUGCGACUGCUCAAGACUCUCAGCCUGCGCCCACUUAUAGACCCCCUCGACACGUUGCUGAUUUUAAUAACCGGAUGGCUGAGGCUAGCGUCUCGAGAGAAGGGUCAAAAGCGUUAGAAGGCGCUGAAGAUCCGCCCAUUCCUCAACUUAUAUCACCAUCCCCGAUGUCUACUCCGGGAAUACUGAGCUCGCUUGGAAGUAGCAGACCACAACGUUCUCAACAAGAGACGGCUACAAUAACAAUAGGUGAUCAUACUGUGACGAGCUCUAUUGGAACACCUCCCCCUAAAAGAUUGAAAGUUGACAGUAAUUCUGCUUCCCUGCGUGAAAGUGGGAAACUUCAGCAGAACUUACCUAUGCCAUCUUUUGGGAAACGGCUUCUGCAACGAUUCGGUGCACCUGGAACUCAAACCUCAGAAGCUAGCGAUGAUACGGAUAUGAUCGAUAUAGAAGAGCCAGAAUCUACGUUAGAAACAGCUGCACCUGAUUCCUCAAGCGCUUCUGAUGCAGAUGUCGAUGAAGAUUUACCAACAGCUUCUCCGGCAGAUGAGGAUGCUUCUGUGUUAUCAGAAGCUCCUCCAGAAGACAAUGCAGAUGGAGAGGAGGAAGAUGGAGAGUACUUGGAUGAGAAGGAGAAAAAGGUUCGCGAAGAAGCGAAAGUCCAAGAGAUGAUUAAGGAGGUUGAAAGAACGGCUGCGCUACCAUCUCAAGAAAAUAUUUCUCGUGCAAAAUUACUUGUCAAAGGUGGCGCGAAGAGGAAGGAAUCCACGUUGAACUUGACACAGACUGUUGACACUACUGUUCUUGAUAUAAAUCAGAAGUUUGAAUCUUUGCAAGAUGCACUCUCUUUGUACGCAAACCAAACUGCUUCUACUUCUCAAGACGAAGCUCUCGAUUCUGACGGUGCCGAAGAGCGGCUCUCCCUCACAAUCUCCAAGAGUGAUUUCGCUAAGAUGAAAAUUAUUGGUCAAUUCAAUCUCGGCUUUAUUCUCGCAUCGAAAGCUCCUGAGCCGACGACUGAAAAUGGUGGAAUACAAACAGCAGAUAAUGUUUUCAUUAUCGAUCAACAUUCAUCAGACGAAAAGUACAAUUUUGAACGAUUGCAAGCUACUACAAUAGUACAAUCGCAAAGAUUGGUUUACCCCAAAACACUUUCUCUCACAGCACUCGAGGAAGAAAUUGUAGCUGAAAACCUCGAUAUUUUGGAACAAAAUGGAUUCAUUUUGACCAUCGAUCAAUCGUCCCAAGACGUAGGGGGAAGAUGUCAACUUGUCUCUCUUCCUGUUUCUCGAGAAACCACUUUCUCGAUCAAUGAUCUUGAGGAAUUGAUUGCGCUACUGGCGGAAAGUGGUGGUAGAGCCGGAAUGGUAAGGCCGAGUAAAGUUAGAAAAAUGUUCGCGAUGAGGGCUUGUAGGAGUAGUAUUAUGAUUGGGAAAUCAUUGACAAAGGGACAAAUGGAAAAGGUGGUGAGGCAUAUGGGAGAGAUUGAACAGCCGUGGAAUUGUCCACAUGGGAGACCUACUAUGAGACAUCUUUGUGGAUUGGGUUUGUGGGAUGGGGAGGGGGAGGGAUGGAAGGAGGAUUUGGAGGGAGAAAGGAAGAUAGAUUGGGGUGGGUAUGUGAGGAUGAAGAGGGGGUUGGAGUAG